ACAAACAAAAGAGCGUGAACUGAAUGUGGAGGGGGAUUUCCCUAGAGUGGCCCUGAUGUACAAACUGUGUACGACGGAGCAUGCAUGGAGGAAGGAAAUUAGACGUACUUUGUUGUGUGGAUCAUGAGAAGAACUGAUGAAAAGUCCUAUUAUUACCGUCUGUGGUUUUGUUCUAACUCAAUGCCUCAAAAUGGGCCAUAAUCAAAGCAAUGUUUGCGGCAAGCAAAACAGUCUGAGUGAAUGGAGGGAUUUCUUCUUCUCACAAGGUCAUCUACUUAAGCAGAUAGCUACACUCAAAUAUGCGGACUUUGUAAAGGCUAUCGAGGGACUCAAUACCAUAUCCAACACAUUGAGUAGUUCAAGAGGCAGGUACUUAGUCUUUAGUAUCAUUCCUGGAACAGACUGCACAUCCAUGCUCUGGAGGUCAAAGGUCAGGGUAAAGUGUUGUAAGAUGACAUCCGCCUUGUCUCCUGAAUGUGAGUCUACUCGAACGAUGACCCUUAAACAGUUCGUCCAAGUCUACGCCAGCAUCAUGCAACAGUGCGAAAGCAUCGAAGACCGACAAAGAUCAACAGACGUAACUAGUGCUUCAGGAGAAUCCACGAUGAAUAACAAUUCAGACAUAGAAGAGGCGGAAGAUGUUGGAGCUACGGAGAUUGAUGAUGAAAGUGAAGAUCAUCAAACCAUAGACUCAAGCGAGACUCACUGGCUGGAAGUCUCUUCAAUAUUUGCAACUGUGGAGCAGGUUUCCCUGGAGUCGACAGACGAGGGCGAUUGCUGUAUCUGCAUGGAGAAGAAAUCUGACAUAGUCCUGAAUUGUGCUCAUACUUACUGCCAGGCCUGCAUAGACGAUUGGAGAAAACAACACAACACAUGUCCACUGUGUAUGGGAGACAUAGGCUCAAGUAAAGACGUUUGGACCCUCCCGGAUAAACCCAACACUGAAGAAAUGACAACUUAUCUCAUGGGUAUCGCUGAUGGUCACGCUCAGACACAACCUCCCCGGCCAACAACGAGGAGGUCAGAUGUGGAAGAAUGGGAGACGGUUCCAGUCGAGUGAAAUAUAUUAAUUUAAUGAAAUAAACAACUCAUUAAUUGUACAUUAGAAUAGAAGAUACUACAGCCGUGAUAUUCUUCGUACUUAAGUCUGUUUUCAGAUUUUGUUGCCCUCGGUAAAAUCACAAAAUUUUGUAUUUAUGAGGCUGAUUGUUCAAGAGUCUACUGCAACCUGUAUAUGUGGGUCAGCCCGUGUACUCAGGUAAACAAAUCUUACUUUUUUUAGGUCAUAAAUUGCAACUUCAUAAUUUACUAAUGAUUAAAAGGUAGUUUAUUGCCAAAAAUUCGUAUAAAUUUGAAAAAAAGUACUCAAAAUCGACAAGUAAAUGUUUUACCAAGAAAAUGAAUGUUACUUUUGCAAAGACCACACUUGAUCAAUAAAUUCCAUUUACCAGGAGCUCCAAAAUAAAAGACUUGUGACCCAUUAUUGUUCUGAGCAGACAGAAUUGUUGUUGUCAAUUUCUAGUUAUGUUUACGAUAACAUAAAAAUUACAACUAUCUGAGUGUAUCUACUUAAUCAGUAAUUUCAGAAAAUUGUGUUAAUUUUAAAUUUUUUAAGUUUGAGGGUGUAGUUAAAUUGCAAUACAUGUUGGUGUAUAUGAAUCACGAUUUUUCAUCAUUAAAACAAUUGCCAUUAUAAUUCUAAAAUAGCUAGCAGGAUAAACAAAUAUAGUGCUUUUGGUGUAUCCCUUUUAUUCACGACUUAGCCUACCCAUGAAUUAUGUCCACAAGUAUAGCUUUUCUUUUGUGGUCACUGCAAUCACACAAAAAAAAUUAUUUUUCUACAUGUUUGCGUUUUUUAGAGUGUGUCUAUUACUUUUUAAUUACACAAGUAUAAUUCACAAGUAAGGUCACAAUAAUAAUGUGUAAUUUGUGUUUCCUGAAAUAUUUGUAUUAUAAUAUUCACACAGAACCAUAUCUUUUCCUGUAUUACAAUUACUUCAUUUUCCCAUCUAUUCACUCCAGAAUUCUUCUGCGCAAGUUCAGAAUAACACAUUUUUGAAAAAUGAACAAAUCUUCCAUAAUUUCUUCAUGGAUUGUGCAGAUGUUGAAAUAAAUGCAACUGGUCAAAUCUCGCAUGUAUUGGAAUGAUAGGACACGUUCAAUGACGCUUAUGUGUUUCAUCCACACUGGACGUUGGCAACUGAGGUUGCAAAAAUGUUCAAAAUACACAUGGAACUUUCACAUUAUAUCGUAGGGUAUUUUCGAAACAACCGGAUUUGGGGUUGGGGCUUCCUUCAGUGCGAAUUCAAUCAACAGGCGGACGCGCCGCAAGCCGAAGCCCAGAAAGCCGUGGUUUCGAAAACGGACGUAGAACCCUUGCAUCACCGAGGUCAAACAAUAGCAAUGCGCACUCUCGUAAUUAAACGCAACACGCGCAACUCUCAGCCAAUGAUAUCUUCCUGUGACGCCAAUGAGUGCUCAUUGUAAUAAGACUGUGUUGCAAACAGUCUUUGGAUUUCUCCGUCUUUUAUAAUUUAUCAACUGUAACAACUCAAUAAAAUCAUUUUUCAUCCAAUAUUUGUACAUAACAUAAAUUGUCCAGGAUAUAUUUAUAGCAACAAUAAAAUACAUUGUAAUGUAUGCCGUUUUAAACCAA